CAGUAACUCUUAUUGCGGUACUUAUCAGAUUUUUUUUUUUUUUUUCAUUUUGUUUUGAUUAGGCGGUCUCUACUAGUGGAUCUUAUGGACAUCGUACUCACGAUAUCCCCCAAGCAUGCAGUCGUGCCUCAGCAGCCAUGAGAUUUUGCCACCGUUUCCACGUAGAUGGGUCUUGACGGGCAGUUGUUUGGCAAUUAACGAAGACUUUGAUGGCGGGUCAAUGUUUCUAGCAGUUGAAUUUACUUGCGCUUCUUCGUCAAAACAAAUGCUUACCCGCUUUCUUAACCUUCUCUUGUCAAGAACCAGGGCAAGCGAUUCACACCUGACGAUCCUAAACCUUUCUUAGUACCUAUUCAACCGUCAAUUCACACACUGCUUCUUUACCUACCUUUGCAUACCCACUCACUGCCAAGGCACCAUGGAGUCUCAACAUGACCAUUCGGACGCUCAGAUGCCCGACUCCCUUGUUAAUCCUGUCGAUGAAUCCCAACCUGAUCACGUCAUGACAUCUCCCCCAAUUGACGCUGAUAGUUCUAGUGAGCUACCUGUUAUGGAGGAUGACAAUACAGUCAACGAGGUGUCAAUGGAGAGAAACGACCCUUCACUCAAUAACGACGUUGGCGAUGAUGAGACCCCAGCAUCUAUCAUGUCAACUCCCCAACCUAAUAUGAAUACCGACAACUCAAAUGACCUACAAGUCGUGGGUGAUUCUGCGACCAACCAGGAGCUGCAGAUGGAAGAUACUGCUCCGCUUCGGAAGGCAUACCAUGACGGCACAUUUCUAGCACGUGUCUCAACAUACUCCCCUGAACCACCCAAACAUGCCGACGAUCAUGAUGAUAAUAUGGAUGUGGACAGUUCCACAACCCCCAAGAAAGAGUCAACUGGAGGCCAUGACGCUGCUUCACAGGAUGAGCCGGAGAACCAUCAGACACCAACACUCUUCCUCGACGUAGUUCAACCCUCACCAGCCGCAUCUCGCUGCAGCCAUACCACCACUUCAUCAACCAUCGAAGCGUCCACGCUAUGCAACCCCAGCCUCGGCGAAGGACGCGCCAGCGCCCCUAAGCGGCGCUGGUCUUCGUCCGUGGACGAGCUAGCCGACCAGAUGGACGCCUCGAUCCCUAGCGACCCGCAGCGCGAAUUCGUCUUCGCCAACAUGGUCGAGAAGCUGCAGGCGGCCUGGCGAAGGGUGCUCGAGCGCUGCGGCAUGCGUCUGGGGUGGCGCGAAGCGUUCACGACGGCCUUCGAGCCGGACGUAGCGGCGAUCCGCGAAAAGGCCAUGCGGCCGUGGGCGCCGCUCGCCGAGAUCGCCGACGCGACCGAGGAGGCGAUGCUGGAGCAGUGGCGGCACCGCUGCAGACGAGUCAUCGACCGGUACCAGAUGGACAUGCGGCGGGACCUGGUCGCGGAGGCGCGGGAGCAGGCCCGGCGCGUCGGGGACCAGGUCCUCGCCGCCGCCGCCGCCGCCGCCGCCGCGCAGAUCAGGGGCUCUUCUUCGUCGUCGGGCCCGCGGAGCCCGCAUACGCCUAAACGGCUGCGCAUCCCGUCCACGCCGGGCUCGCGCUCGCACCUGUUCGACCUGCCUCCGCCGUUCCCCAAUCUUCCUUCUUCUGCUUCUGCUGCUGCUUCCGCUUCUGGUUCUUCUUCUACGCGCCGGUUCCCGCGCACCCUUCCCGGGGCCAAGUCCGAGGCCAAGAAGAAACGGCCCGCGCCCCUCGACGUAGACGCGCUGCGCUCGCGCGUCGCGGGGCUGGAUCUUAAUCGCGCGAACAACGAUAACGAUAACAACGGCAAUGAUAACGGCUCUGGUACUGGUACUGGUACCGACCCUCGCACCCCGACGAGCGCGAAGCGGUUCAAGACCAGCGGCGCGAAUGUGUCGGUCCCGAGACGGCCGCUGGCGCUGCCGAAGGGGUUGACUACGCCGGCCCGUAGACGGUUCGGGGUGCGCGAGCGCGAGCGCGUGCCCGCGACGCCGACGCGGUCUUCGAGACGGGCGCGGACGCCGGCGCCGCGGGUGCUGGGUGGGGAGGAGGAUAUGGAUGGGGAUAUGGAUGUGGAUGUGUCGACUCCGGUCCGGCGUCAGGUUGUGGGGCAUAUCGGCCCGUAUCCCGUGGUGCAGCCGGAGGCGCAGGAGGAUCGGGAGGGGUUUGCUGCUGUUGCUGCUGCUGCUGAUGGUGAUGACGAUGGGAAUGAUGCCGAUGUGUCGGCUGAAGGGGAGGAGGAAGAGGAGGAGGGUGAAGUGGGCGAAGAGGAGAAUGAGGAUGAGGAUAUGGAGGAUGGUGACGAUGACGUCUUUACCUCGCACAAAUGAAGGCUCUGCUGCAUGCUACAUGCUACAUAC